AUGCCAACACUGCCCACUUGGUUGUCCUUUUCCAAGAAGCGCACGCCGUCGAACUCGGCGCUUGAUCCCUCCGUCGAGUACCGGUGCUACGACGACGCGGUGCUACCAUCGCCGACGCUCGAGUCGCCGAAGCGCGACCGGAGCGAAUCCAUCUCGUCCGACACGACGACAGCCAACACGGAGGACCUAGAGCCUCGGUCGAGCCCCAAGCCGCCCAUCUCGACUAACAACGUCUACCAACGCUGCCCGCCGAGCCCAAUUCGGUUUGCAACCAAGCACGUCGCGUACAACAAGCGUAGCCGUCCCGUCUCGAGCCCGAUUGCCUUGACGGGUCACGCUCGGUGGCAGCCGCCCAUGAGUCCCAUCCAGAAGCACGUUGCGUGA